AUGGUCCAAUUAAUAACAACAACCCGCAUCCUCUCCGCCCUAGAAGCGAUCCCAACCUCAGAUCGCAAAGACCUCGAUCUACCCUCCAACCCAUCACUAGACAGUCCCAUCACCCACGACCAACUAAUCCGUCUAUCCCGCUACUUCCGCGCCGAAAAUGCCACUUCCAACGCUGAGACCCGAAGUCUCAACUCUCUCCUCCACGGAACAAAAGUCUACGUUCCGCCUCCGCCCCCGAAACCCGAACCCAGCCCAGAAUAUCUCGCCCUAAAAGCGCGUCUCCUAGCCGCCUACGAAACAGACACCUACAACCAAAUGACGGCCUCAUCUAACACCACAAAUGGUCCAUCACCGAUCUUCACUUCCUCGACACCGACCGUUUCGGCUCUCCAUGAAGACGAUGCACACUCGGACGCGGAUACUCUUACCCCCGGACUCGUGCUGAAUAUUUUUCUUUCGGUUGUUAUUACCGGGUUCAGUGUUUAUUGGGCGUUGACGAGUUUUUCGACGCCGGAGUUGUUGACGGAGGCUGUUUCGUCGGUUUGGGACCAGAACCAUGGGUCGAAGAGGGGUGGAGGUGUGAGUGAAGCUGUGAAGGUGCUGGUGUCGUUUGGAGCCGCGGUGGGGGUGGGCGUUGCUGAGGUGGCGAUUUAUGCGAUUUACCUGGGGAAGGUGGAGCGGGCGAGGAAGAAGGAGAGGGGGGUUAAGGAGAGGAAGGUGGUUGUUGGGAGGGAGGUUUUGGGUAGGAGAGAUGAGAGUGAGAGUGUGCAGCGAGUGGACGGGGAGAAGGAGGAGAUUUGGGGAAGAGGGCCGAAUGGGGGCUUAAGGCGGAGGGUGAGGGAGCGGUGGGAGGAAAAGGAAAAGGAAGGGGAUGGAGAUGGAGAUUGA